UUUUCUGUUUAUUUGUUUUGUGAAAAAACUGGUUGAGAGAAUUAACGUUUUUGUUAAUGGCAAUCAAAUUUGACUUUUGAUUUGAAUUUUCAGAACCUAAAAUUUAGAAGGGUAUAUUCUGAAUGUAAUUGGCUGUUUGCAACGUGCCUUUAUGUGCACCAAAGACCAUCUUUUACAAGAAAUUUGCUGUCGGCAAGGAAAUAAAUUAUCAAAAACCAUUCCUGGGUAACGGGUGGCGGUAUGGUAUCGUAAACCAUUCAUAUGAAAUACACAUUAUUUAUUAUUAUUUUUAUAUUGAAAUACACAUUAAUUAGGUUGUAGAGUAAUACACUGUAUUAUUGAAUAUAUACAAUAAAAAAUUGAGUUUGUUACAAUGAUUCCGACUUCCUUUAAGACUCAGUCUUUUGGUAGUUGAGAAUGGUCGUACAUAGAUCAUGGGAUUUGUAUUGCGCAUGAUUAUUACAUCUUGUAUGCAACAAUUAAAUAUUGGCAUAUACGAAACCAUCUUGUUAGUUCCCGAAGCUUUAUUAUUAUCAUGUGUGGUAGUAGAGGAGGUUAACACGCACCGUAAAACUUUUUCCAAAAAUCCAAAUGGAAAAAUAGAAAUAAAAAUAAAAAUGGAAAGAAAAUGAUCAAGUCUGGUGGGCAAUUUGACAGAGAAAUAGAAAAAAGGAGAAUGUUGCGCAGUAAGCGCUAAGCAGAGGGAAGGAGCUCAGGCCCAAAUAGACAUGGAGUGGAGAGAACGGAGGCUGUUUCCUCUACUGGGUAUUUUUGCUUUAUGCGCUGUUCUCUACUUGAGUUUCAACGACGACCUCUCCUUCCCAGUCCUAUGGCAGCCCACCAUGGGCUUUGUGGCUACGAACUCCACCCACUUCUUCAUCACAGAUGGCUCUGAUGAAGGAGGGGUUCAAUCCCCGCUUUACAUUAACGGCUGGAAUUCCUACUGGUUGAUGGAGAAGAGCGUGUGGGGUCCAUCGAGAUCAAUUGUUUCCAAGAUGCUGAAGAUGGGUUCUCAAAUGGGUCUCACUGUUUGUAGGACUUGGGCUUUUAGUGAUGGAGAUGGUCCUAUUGCUUUGCAGGUCUCCCCUGGUGUCUUCAAUGAAAGAGUCUUUCGGGGGUUGGAUUAUGUGAUAGUUGAAGCAAGAAAACGUGGGAUAAGAUUGAUUCUUAGUCUUGUCAAUAAUUUGAAUGCUUUUGGUGGGAAAGCUCAGUAUGUUAGAUGGGCAAAAGCAGCUGGCUUUAAUGUAUCUACCUCAGAUGAUUCGUUUUUUUCACACCCAGCUAUCAAAGAUUACUACAAGGCUUAUAUUAAGGCUAUUGUAACGAGAAAGAAUUCACUUAGCAGAGUUAAAUACGCCAAUGAACCAGCUAUAUUUGCAUGGGAGCUCAUAAAUGAGCCUAGAUGUUUGUCCAAUUCAUCUGCCCCUGUUCUUCAGGCAUGGAUCACAGAGAUGGCUGCUUAUAUUAAGAGUCUGGAUCAAAAGCAUCUGGUAACCGUUGGACUUGAGGGGUUUUAUGGGCCUGAAACAGCUAAACGAUCCGGAGUGAAUCCUGGGGAAUGGGCAGCCUCACUUGGAACAGACUUCAUUCAAAAUUCAGCAAUUAGCAACAUUGAUUUUGCUUCUAUGCAUGCUUACCCUAAUAGCUGGAUCAAAGAUGCUGAUUUAGAAACCAAGAAGAAUUUCCUUUCUCAUUGGGUCGAUGCUCACAUAAAUGAUGGGGAUUCUCUGCUGAAGAAACCGGUUUUGUUAACUGAAGUUGGUUUUCCUAUACGCAUGAAUAAGCAAGAAAAUGAUAUAAACAAAUUGUUGAAGAUCGUUUAUGAUAGAAUCUCUGAGUCGGCCAACAAGGGGGAAGCCGGAGCUGGAGCCUUAAUUUGGCAGCUAGUAGUGGAAGGAGUAGAGGAUUAUUCUGAUCAGUAUUCCUUCAUAGCAUGGGAUUAUCCCUCUACCUAUGAAUUAAUCACACAACAAUCGUGUAGGCUGAGAAGAAUCUUCUCGCCCAGCAAAACAAAAGAUGGGCAUCCUUGCCGAUAAAUUAUAUGAGGAAGCUACCUGAAAAUUUGAUAAAUGUUUUUGAUAUGAUUUGAAGUUUUUUCAAGAUGGAAAAACAGUUAUUGAUAGUGUUAGCUUCAGGGGCUUAUAUAAAGUUGUGGCGAUUCUUUGUAAUCAAAUGCUGCAUAACUGUAUAUAGUAUUUGUUCAAAUUGAUAGUUGUAUAACACAAGAAUAUAUAUAUAUAUAUAUAUAUAUAUAUAUUUAAUUUA